AUGCACCAGAUGCGCCGCUACAUCGAGAACUGCGACGAAGAGCAAAGUCUUCGUCUGCGCGGUACUCUCCCCAGCAUGGAGGCCUACAAAGAGUUGCGCCAUGGAACGGCGGCAGUCUGGACCCUCUGCGCUCUCAUUGAGUACGGCCUGGGAGAGAGCUUCCCAGAGAACAUUCGCUGCAUGAAUGAACUGCAGACCCUCUGGGCAGAGACGAGCAGAGGUAUUUGGAUAACUAACGACAUUCUCUCCCUCAAGAAGGAGAUUCCUAAGGACGACAGAGCUGACGAGAGCAUCGUCAAUGCCGUCCCUAUCCUCAUGGUGGAGGAGGGAAAGUCGCCGCAGCAAGCGGUUGACGCUCUCCUAGCCGAUCUCGCCGUCUCCGUCGCCACCUUCGAAGGCGCCGCAAACACUCUUGCGGAGACGGCGGGAGAGGGACGGCAGGCGGUACUCAGGUACUGCGAUGCUUGCCGGUGCAUGGUCACCGGAAGCAUCCAGUUUACCUUUGAGUCCACGAGGUACAAGCUGGGAGGAUGCAUGAACGCGGACGGAUCGUUGGACAUCCCGCUGUGA